AGUAAGGCUCCUCCUCUUCGGGACUGGGGAACGCGGAAGCGCGCUGUAGCAGUGAGGUGACUAAAGAAUGGAGAAAAAAGUGAGCAGAAUUUAUCCAGUUUCUGAGCCAAGCACAAUAUAUUUUCUACAAGUCACUUGGGAAAAAGACCUAGGCACUGGCUUUAUUAUAACACUUAGCGAUGGUCAGUCAGCAUGGACUGGGACAGUGUCUGAAGCUGAGAUUUCUAAGGAGGCUGAUGACAUGGAAAUGGAAAGAGAGAAGUAUGUUGAAGAACUGAGGAAAGCACUAGUAUUGGGAGCAGGCCCAGCCAAUAUGUACAACUUCGAUGUUUCUGAAGAUGAAGAAAAUGUGGAAAGCUGUGAUUUCUCAUAUGAAAAAAAUCUGAAAGAUGUUUCCUUUAGACUUGGAUCACUGAAGCUACAAAAAGUCUCAAAUCCAACUGAAGUCAUUAAAGAGCUGAUUUGCCACUGCCUAGACUGCAUAGCAGAACUACAUGCCAAAAAGGAGCACCUGCAAAAGGAAAAUGAAAGGCUUCUAAGUGAUUGGAAUGACGUGCAAGGACUGCUGGAAAAAUGUGUGGAAGCUAAAGAAGAACUGGAGGCAGAUCUUUACAAAAAAUUUAUUCUUGUGCUCAAUGAAAAGAAAGCAAAGAUAAGAAAUUUACACAAGUUGUUAAAAGAAGCUCAGGAACCUGCAGAGGAUACAACACAUGCAAGGGAUAGCAUGGCUACAGUCCAAACUGCUGUUGAAAGAGAGAGAGAUUAUGAUGGCAGCACUGAUGAGGAAUGUGAAAAUUUAGCACAGCCCUCUACAUUAGCAUCAGCUCUAUCAAGGAGGGAUUCCCUUCUCAACAGCCCCGAUGUCAUUGAUAUUGCACCAAGUAGAAAACGGAGACAAAGGAUACAAAAACCUGCUGGAGUGGAACCUAAGGUGGCUACAUAUGAGACCCAGCUACCGGCAAAGGAAAAACUUGAUCCUGCUCCAUCAAAGGCAUCAGACAAGCACCCAUCUGAUGUGUCAUCACUGGAAACUCAAAAAAACACUGCUGAGCCAGAGGACCUCUUUGAUGACAUCUAA